AUGGCUGGAGGAAAAUCUCCUUUGAACAUCUUCAAGAUCAGCCGGGGCGACGACCCCAAGGAGGUACUCAAUUGGAGAUUAUGGCUGGCAGUAUUCUCAUUUGGUAUUAUGGGCUCUGCUCGAGGAGUGGACGAAGGUUUGAUCAGUGGAACGCUCGCGUCCGCAGACUUUCGGAACCUGCUUCACUUGCCCGACGUUAAUUCCUCGGAGUAUGCUAGUGUCAAGGCCACCAUCUCGUCCAUGGUCCAGAUCGGCAGUGUCGCAGGCGCUGGAUUGGCUUUCAUCCUAUGUGACCGCAUCGGCCGUCUCUGGGCCACACGACAACUGUGCCUGGUAUGGAUGCUUGGGAUUGUGAUAUUCAUGUGCAACAACGGCAGCCUCGGUAUGGUUUACGCAGGACGGUUCAUUGCUGGCCUGGGAAUAGGCCAGUCGUCUGUCGUCGCUCCAGUGUAUCUGGCCGAGGUCAGCCCCAAAGCAGUGCGCGGGCUCUGCACGACGACGUUCGCAGGCUCGGUGUACAUUGGCAUCAUGUUGGCAUACUUUGCAAGCUGGGGAUCGUCGCUCCACAUGGGGGAUCACACCUCAGCCCGAUGGCUAGUCCCAACGAGUCUCCAUCUCAUGUUUGCGAGCAUUAUCUUCACCCUUUCGUGGUUCAAUUACGAAUCACCCCGGUACCUUGUCAAAAUCGGCAAGGACGCGAACGCCAAGCAGAACCUGGCCAGAAUCCGCAACCUACCUGAAGACCACGAAGUCGUCCGGCGAGAGAUCCUCGAGAUACAAACCCAGUUGGAAGAAGAAAGAAUUGCGACCCUCGGCCAAGGGUGGCUGGGCAUCGUGCGAGAGAUGUUCUUGAUACCUUCCAACCUCUACCGGGUCUACCUUGGCGUCGCCAUUCAGCUGAUGGUUCAAUGGUGCGGAGCGCAGUCCAUCACCGUGUACGCUCCGGACUUCUUUGCGUCUGUCGGCGUCAGGGGCCAGAACGAGAAGCUCUUUGCGACUUGCAUCCUCGGCAUCGUCAAGCUCGUCGGUGCCCUGAUUUGCGCCUUCUACCUGGUCGACGUUAUCGGGCGGAAACGCUCGCUGACGAUCGGGAUCAGCAUUCAGGUCCUCUCCAUGCUGUACAUAACCAUCUUCCUCUCGAUCGUGGGGUCCCCAGAUCCGGCCACCUUCACCUCGUCUCAGAAAUCCGCGAGCACUGGCGCCAUCGUCAUGAUUUAUCUUUCUUCUUUCGGAUUUGCCCUCGGCUGGAACGGAAUUCAGUAUCUGCUCAACGCCGAGAUCUAUCCACUGCGCAUUCGUGCGGCCUCGUCGUCCUUGAUCAUGCUGCUGCAUUUCGCCAACCAGUACGGGGCCAAUCGAGCUGUCCCGGAGAUGCAGCUGUCCCCAAGCGAAGGUGGCAUGGGCGCUGCUGGCACGUGGUGGUUCUUUUGUAGCCUCACCGCCUUCAGCGGGUUUUGGGCGUGGUUCUUCAUCCCGGAGACGGCCGGCCUGAGCCUGGAGGCCAUGGAUCGUCUCUUCACACUCCGGUGGUGGCAGAUCGGUCGACGCGGCCAGAGCGAGGCCGCAGUUAUGCAUGAAGUGCAUGAAGCGUACAUGGACGAAAAGGCAAACGAGGUACGCCGGGAGGAUACCCCUGUGCAUGUCGAGAAGGCCUAG